AUAUGGAAAUGGGCAUUUGUAUCAGUGAAUAUAGUGGUUUAAGCAAAUAGAAAUGUGUUUUAAGCAAAUGAAGUGUAGUAUAUCAGCCGGAUUUCUCUUAAACGGCCAGCCAAUACACAGCCCUGUUUCAAGAUUAACGGUCCAUCUUAAACCAUGCUUCACAGUAGCAUUUACCUUUUCCUUUUGGGUUUCAGUAAUUGUUUCUUUUUCAAAGUUUCUUGGGCAACAUCUGAGUUCAGCUUGGAAGGAGAUUACUUAUUAGGUGGCCUUUUCGCUUUACAUGAAAUUGACCAGGUAGAACACGUUUUCACCCCCGAGACCACUGAAUGUUUCAGGUAAGCAAGGACCUUUUAUCCAUCUAGAAUUAUCACUACGCAAUAAUGUAAGUAAUAAUGUAAGCAUCAUUUUACAUUUCUAAACUGAAUUUUCAAUGACAUGCUAUUAACUUCCUCACUGAUGUUUUCAAGGCACAGUUCCUCAAAAUCUGGCUAUCAGAUGUUGCAAGUAAUGAGGUUUGCCGUUGAGGAGAUUAACAACUCCACCACUCUUCUGCCCAAUGUUUCUCUGGGCUAUGAGAUUUUUGACCAUUGUUCUAAUACAAAGAAUUUCCGUUCAAUCUUAAGUUUUAUCUCAAAUAAUGGAUCAAUAAAACCUAAAGAAAAACUCUACAACUAUCAGCCUAAAGUGAUUGCUUUAACAGGGCCAUAUGGAAGCACAAGAACUAUUACUAUUGCACCACUGAUCACAAUGGACCUUAUACCAUUGGUGAAUUAUGGAGCUUCUAGCUAUGCGUUAAGCAAUAAACUUAAGUAUCCCUCUUUUGUAAGAACAGUUCCCAGCAACAAAGACCUGAUAGAGAUGAUUAUUCACAUCAUACGGUGGUUUGGAUGGAACUGGGUUGCCUUUCUUGGUAGCCAAGACAAUUACAGUUCAGACGGACUAAAGCUGUUUAACAAGUACAUCAACAAUACUGGCAUUUGUUUGGCUUAUCAAGAGGGUCUAAGCCUAAACGCAAACUACAGUCUAACACUUAAAAAGAUUGAUAUGCUCAAGAUCAAUGUUAUUGUGGUUUUUGCUGUACCACAAUAUGCAAUCAACGUAAUCAAAACAGCCAUAGUAGAGAACAUACGAGACAAAGUAUGGAUUGCAAGUGAAACUUGGGCUAUGAAUCAACAACUUCCAAGAGAGCCAGGAAUUGGGAAAAUUGGUACAGUCAUUGGCAUUACGGAGAGAUUGUUGUCAUUACCUGGAUUUGAUAAAUUCAUCUAUAAAGAGAGGGGAACAACUGAUGUUAAUUAUAAAGCUGAGAGUGAAGUCCAGGGUAAGAGUAAGACAUGUAAUCAAGUUUGUGAUUACUGCACAUUGUUGACCGCAGAGGAGAUUAUAAAUGAGAAUCCCUCAUUCUCCUUUGCUAUCUAUGCUGCCAUAUAUACUGUAGCUCAUGCAUUACAUAAGAUUCUGCAGUGCGACAUGAAUGAAUGCCACAAAAACAGAAUGGCUAAGCCAUACAUGCUUCUGGGAGAAAUGAAAAAGUUGGAUUUUCCACUCAAUGGCCGUCAGGUGAAAUACGAUGAUAAUUAUGAUCCAACCAUCAGUUACGCAGUUGUGCUUUGGCACACUGAUGUGAAUUCUCCACAGUUUGAGAUGGUGGGCACAUAUGAUACAUAUCCAGAAAUUACUUUUACCAUGGACAACUCUCUUGUGCCCUGGAGUAAUAAUAAUUCUGUAAGCCUUAUUUAUUGGUUGAUGAACCUUAUUCUAAACAUUUAGCUUUGUAGAAAACAUUUUCUCAAGCAGUUAUACAUAUUUCUCCAAACAAAGGUCAAUAUGCUCAAAUCAAAUAAUACAACCAUCUAGCAAAUUCACACUAUUUUUUUGCAGCUAACAUAAAAAGCAAAUAUUGAAGUCAAAACUACUGAACUGUUCUCUAUUUAUUACAUGUUUAUAUACAACUAUACUAUUGAAAAUGUGCAUUUAUUAUACAGUUGACACAAUGGAGAUCUUUUUUCCAUGUGUUUAUCUUGAGCUAUGGAUCUAAAGAAAGGAUGGUGUGAAUUCACUUAAAUUCAUGCCUGGCAUGCAUAUGCCUCAAUAUCUCUGCAGGCCUUUUCCUUUGCUUGGAGAAGAUUUACUUUGACAUAGAGGUUGUGGUUGAACAUCCUCUAUCUCCAGGAGAAAUCCCACAAAUGGAUUCAGAAAUGGAGAAUAUAGUGGAAGCAGCAGCGUCACAAAAUGUAGGUGAUUUUCUAACCCACAAUGAAUGGUGGAAGUGGACAUUGCCUAACCCCAAGACAAACACUGACCAAUGGCAUUCCUUUUUUUUUUUUUACUAUAGAAUAGAACCAUCUAUUAGAAUGGCUCUCAUCUCAUCUUGGCCACUCUUGAAAGAGUUUUGGAAAUCUCCUUUCCUCUUCAACCAUUCUACAUUUAGCCUACUCUUCCUCAGCCCACUCUACCUAUUAAUAUGCAUUAUUAUCUACCUAUUUUAUAUGCACUAUUAUAUGCACUUCUUUUCUCUUAUUUCCCCCCUCUCAUUUAUUAUUUAUUUGCUGUGUUUUCACAGAUUGUGAACAAUUGCUUACUCAUGCAGAAGAUAUCAAGCCAUGCCAUUUGAAUAAAGAAGAUGGCUUUAUUUAAUUGUCUGUUAACUGUUCAGAUCUGAUAAAUUUGUGCAUAGUGUUUAAGGGAAUUAAUUAUGUAAUUUGUUUUCUGUAAUUUGCAGUCCAUUUAUGCAUAAACAUAGUGUUCAGGCUAUGUUAAUUGUUUGAG